UUUUACUUCCAAAUACGAUUUACGAACGAAUCGUCACGGAGAUAAAGAAUUUAUUUGUGAUCAUUUAUACAUAUUUGUGUGUCUUAGCCAUAGAAAACACAUCAUAGCAUUUUGGUGUUUAUUAACAAAGUGUGCUUAAAUAUAGUGUUGUGUUGGAUAAGUGUUUAUAUUGUUUUGUUGUGGCAUUAGUGAGUAGAAAAUCAAUGAGAUCCUGUAUGGAGCAGCUGCUACAAUAUGUUCAAUGUUGAUUACGAAUGACGUCUGACGUGAAACAAAAAUAAAAUACUACGAAGGAACUGCUAACGUAAAAGGAUGGCAGAAGAAGUUAUCAAUGUUACGGCUCAGCCUAUGUCUGAGCCGGUCCACAACAUGUCGAAGGCUAUAUUUCUACAGACUACCACGGCACAGGCGAUAUCUGGAAUCUUUGUGUGGACGGCUCUGUUCAUUACUUGCCAACAGAUUUAUCAACACCUGCGCUGGUACACGAACCCCUCGGAGCAGCGAUGGAUAGUGCGCAUAUUGUUCAUUGUACCCAUAUACGGUUGCUACAGCUGGAUUUCGCUAUUGUUCUUCAUGGGAGAUUCCUAUUAUGUGUAUUUCUUCACAGUCAGGGAUUGUUAUGAAGCGUUCGUGAUCUACAGUUUCCUAUCCCUUUGCUACGAGUAUCUGGGUGGGGAGGGUAACAUCAUGUCCGAACUAAGGGGACGGCCGGUCCGAGCGUCCUGUGUCAACGGCACGUGCUGUCUCUCGGGCGCCACUUACACCAUCGGCUUCUUGCGGUUCUGCAAACAGGCCACCCUGCAGUUCUGCCUCAUCAAGCCGGUGUGCGCAUUCGUCAUCAUCUUCUUGCAGUCCGCGGGCCACUACCACGACGGCGACUGGUCGCCCAGCGGCGGCUACAUCUACAUAACGAUCAUAUACAACUUCUCGGUGAGCCUCGCGCUCUACGGGCUGUUCCUGUUCCUCGGCGCUACGCGGGAGAUGCUCAAGCCCUUCGAUCCGGUGCUCAAGUUCUUCACCGUCAAGUCCGUCAUCUUCUUGUCAUUCUGGCAGGGCGUCGCACUGGCGAUACUCGAGAAGGCCGAAGUGAUAUCGCCGAUAAUAGACGAGAACGGCAUCCCGACGACCGCCGGUACCGUGUCCGCCGGCUACCAGAACUUCCUCAUCUGCAUCGAGAUGGUCGCCGCCGCCGUGGCGCUGCGGUACGCGUUCCCCGCCGCGGUGUACGCGCACGCGCACCGCGACCCGCACAGAUCGGUCACCAUGCAGUCCAUAUCGAGCAGCCUCAAGGAAACAAUGAACCCCAAGGACAUAAUGACGGACGCGUUCCACAACUUCCACCCGCAGUACCAGCAGUACACGCAGUACAGUUCCGAUGUCACUUCCCACCUGCCUUAUGAGAAACUAUAAGCUCUGCCAUAGCUGUGCUCUGCAUGAAGUGCAUUGCUGUUCGUUGUAAAAAAUGCUAUUAUCACCGGCUGAAAUUAAUUUUAACAUACAUUGCUCGUGAUAUAAGACGUAAUCAAUAUAAAAAGCAAUGUAUUUAAAACAAUUAUUAUCAGUCGCUGAUGAAAGUAAACAUAUUAUGUACGUUAACUCCCACUCUGUUAUGUUACUUGCGACUGAUAUAAAAAUGGAAAAAGAAAAAAAAUUCUAGCAACACCGUUGCCAGUAACAUAAUUUUCCACCGAGCAUGGAAAGUCUACUAACAGUAUUUUAUAAUCGUAUGGGACAGAUAAUAUUUUUUAUCAUCGGCCAUAUCUUAAAGUAUUUCUUGAAGUAUUUAUAGACUAUUGCAUUAUUCAUUCUUGAAAUCCUAAUAAUUUAUGAUAUCCUGUUCAGCUGCUUUUAUUAUGUUGAGUUUACAUUGAGCCACGUUUUGCAUGCUUUUGACAAUUCCCUAUUCUGUUAUAAUUUUGGGGAAGCUAUAAUAUUAUUAAUGUUUAAAUAGAAUACAGCUUUAAAUAAAUAAAUUUAAAAAUAAAUAUAAAACACAUUCUGUAUACUAUAUAUCUGUCUGAUUGUCCCUCCAUGUAUGUUUAUUUAUAACGUGCUUACUCUUUAAAGAAAUAAAAAUAAAUAAAAAAAUAUUAUUAUUGCAUGAACUUUCAUAGUAAGAAUAAAAAUAUUCCUCAUACAAAUUAACUCUUCUCACACAACAAGACUUCAAAGACUUGAGCUAAAGCUAAAAAAAGCUUUUUUACCGCUGAAUAUAUUAUAUUUUGUAUUUAGCAUCGAAGCGAAAAGAAAGUGAAUAUUUUUUUUAUAUUCUAUAAUAUCAAAUGUCAUAAUAAAAAAGUGAAAAAACAAUUAGAAUUUCGGUGCUCGGUUAUAUGAAUUCUUCGUUAAGUAAGAUAUAAUUUUAGUUCUAGAUAAAUUGACGGUUAUUGAGUAGUCCGAAAUAACGAAAAAAAAAAGAUUAUCAUUAAUAAUAUAACGCGCUUGUAAUUAAUGUAAAUUUACGCUAUAUCAAUACAUUUUCGGACUAAUCAUUGCCAUAUAGAACUGGUACCUUUUUGUACUUAUUGCAUAGAUUUCGGACCGCGGGCUGGCAACAUUUACUUUCUUUCAUUAUCUAUGGUCAAAUAUUACCAGUUAUAAUAAUUAAAAAAAAUUUCGUUUUUCAUUUCAAAAUUCGAAAUUUUUGCAUAACUAUGCAUGCGAAUGAGUUUCUUUUAUAUUAUAUUUUUAUUUAUAGCUCUGGUUAAAUAAGUGAUAAGUUUGUUUCAAUUAAUUGCCUCCCUUCGGUACCCACCAUAAUAUUAAAUGUUAGCGUUAAUGUUAGAAAGUAAUAUUAUUGUUUAUUUCUGUGAUUAUAUUAUUUCUUUUUAUGAUUUUUUUUUUGUUACGUACUUUGACGGAUGUAAUCCCUUAGAUGAGCUAGUAUUGUAUCGAAAAUGAAAACGAAAUAUUGAAUACAGGUUUGUUAAAUUGUUGGGCAUUUAUUUUCUGUACCGGUGUUUUACCGAAUUUGUUAUUUUGCCAAAGACAGGCUUUUCGAUCGAUGUAUCUAGGCAAAAUAAUGCUUUGUAUGUAGCCGUCUUGUAAAGAAAUUAAGUUUUUAUUAGUUAAGUUUUGUAUUCAGCUUGAUUAAAAUAAUAUAUAUUGCUUAAAUUAAAGUUAUCGAUGUCUUUUGUAAUAUUAGGUUUAAGUCAUUGUCAGCAAUUUUUAUUAUUUUGUUAUAGUCCUACUUUGGCGGUUUCACUAAUAAAUGUCAUUCUGUCUA